AUGGUCGCCGAAAUCAUAACCACCAUCUCUCCAACUACCAACAAGCCAAUCCUCACCCGCCAUGGUCUUGCUCCAGACGAGAUCCUCCGGCUGGGCACUACCGCUCAAAAGGCAUUUCAAUCCUACAAGAAGUCCCAUCCCACGCUCGAGUCUCGCCAGAAGAUUGUAACAAAGGCACUCUCCAUCCUUCUGGAACGACAAGAUGCCCUUGCUGCGGAACUCACCGAACAAAUGGGCCGGCCCAUCUCCUACACCGCGAAGGAAAUAGCCACGGCGGUCAAGCGAGCAGAAUACAUGAACCGGGUUGCGCCCGAAGUCCUGGGCAAGGACACGCCCGGUGACGCAGAAACGGGCUUCACUCGAUACAUCCGCAAGGAACCUGUCGGGGUGGUCCUGGUCAUCUUCGCCUGGAACUAUCCCUACCUCAUCCUCGUCAAUUCCUUGAUUCCGGCCCUCCUGGCAGGCAACACGGUCAUCCUCAAGCCUUCCCCACAGACGCCCACGAUCGUCGAGCACAUAGUCGAUAUCUUCACGGAAGCGGGACUGCCCAGCCAUGUGAUCCAGUAUUUACACUGUGGCAACCCGACGGACUUGAAGCCUUUGAUCCUCAGCCCGGACGUCAACCACAUCUGCUUCACGGGCAGUGUUGCGGCGGGCAUCGCGAUACAGCAGAUUGCAAGUUCGCGGGUGUCGUGCUCGGUGGGCUUGGAACUCGGCGGGAAGGAUCCCGCGUACGUCAGACCCGACGUGGACGUGGCCUGGGCGGCCGAGGAGAUAGUGGACGGCGCCAUUUUCAACUCGGGACAGUCGUGCUGUGCACUCGAGCGGAUUUACGUGCACGAGACGGUCUACGACUCUUUCGUCGCCGAGGUCAAGAAGGUCUUGAGCGGAUAUAAACUGGGAGAUCCAACGGACAAGACCACCCACGUGGGCCCGGUCGUGUCUGCCCGUGCGAAGGACACCAUCCUCAAACAGGUGUCUGAUGCGAUCCAGGCAGGAGCAAAGGACGAGACGCCAGACAACGAGACCUUCAAGAACCCGCCACCGGACGGAAACUUCGUGGCUCCCGUGCUGUUGACGAAUGUUGAUCACAGCAUGAGCGUGAUGAAGGAUGAAACUUUCGGUCCUGUCAUCCCCGUGCAGAAAGUCAGUGGCGACGACGAGGCCGUGGCAUUGAUGAAUGAUAGCCAGUUCGGCCUGACGGCGAGCAUCUGGACCAAGGACGUGAACAAGGGCCGCGAAUUGACGGACCUGGUCGAGGCAGGCACCGUGUUUGUCAAUCGCGCCGAUUACCCUAGCCCUGACCUGGCUUGGACGGGCUGGAAGGAUAGCGGGAAGGGCGUGACUUUGUCCAGGUUUGGAUUCGAUCAGUUCGUCAAGUUGAAGAGUAUCCAUUUGAAGGAUUACCCCAAAUAA